UAUCCUUUGUUUAAUUCCCUCUUUCCUCCUCUUUAUAUAUUGCGCCCCUCACUCUCCUUCCUCCCUACUCUCUCCCUUCUCUUCUCUUCUCUUCUUCAACCAAAACUAAACAGGGACGAGGACUCCACAACCACGAUUGGUACUAACUAAUUGCUUCACCUUCACACUCGAAGAUUUCACUUCUUUUCUUUUCUUUUCUUUUUAAUAAAACGCCAAAUGAAACAACUCAUCCGCCGUCUCUCCCGCGUUGCCGAUUCUUCCUCCCAAUACAGGCUCCUCCGUUCCGAUGCCUCCAACAGAGAACGCGCCACCCCCACGCGUUCAGCCGAAUCAUUCCUCAUCGCCGUCUCCUCGGUGAAAAAGCCGGGACGGCGGUCGGUUCCCCAAGGCCAUGUGCCGGUGUAUGUGGGGGAGGAAAUGGAACGAUUCGUUGUGAACGCCGAGUUGCUGAACCAUCCGGUUUUCGUUGGGUUGCUUAAUAAGUCGGCUCAGGAGUAUGGGUAUGAGCAAAAAGGGGUGCUUCGUAUUCCCUGUCACGUGCUAGUUUUCGAACGGGUAAUGGAAGCCUUGAGACUUGGGGUUGAGUCACGUGACCUCCAAGAUCUCCUUCGUUCUUUCUCCGACGACUGUUGUUUUCUCGAUUUCUAAGAGGAAGAGAAAGGACAUUUAAAACGCUGUCGUUUGCGCUUGUGUAAAUAUAGAAAGGUUAAAAGGAAGAAAACUGAAGAAAUUUUUAGGGUUUUCUUUUUCUUUCUUUCUUUUUUUUUUGUAUAGUCCUUCCCUGUAAAGAGGACUGCACAGAAAUGGAGAAAUUGCUUUUUUCCCCUA